UUCUUCCAACUUCGUCUCAAAGGAUACAAAUCUAUGAAUUGCAACUCUAUUUCUCUCAAACGCUUUUUGUCAAAAGCUUAUGCAUCCUUGCAUUUAGGUACAUUACAAGAAAUCGAAGCUUUUCCGACGCCAAAAAGGACAUCGGCACAAAGAACGUCGAGAAUAAGGGUAUUCCUGACGUCGGACAGACACGUCGUGAAAGCCACAUCGGAGAAAACCUUAUUCCUGACGCCACGCACAAUGCGUCGGAAAAAAUGGUAUUCCCGACGCAUCAAGCACGCGUCGACCAAACGGCGUCGGGAAUAAGGCCAAAUUAAAUUUAAAAUACACCUUAUUCCCGACGCCAUGCACAGUGCGUCAGAAACGGUAUCGAGAAUAAGAGUUUUCCCAAUGCACUAUUGCGCAUAGGGAAAACCUUUUAAUGAGCGUCAGGAAUAGCCUUAUUCUCGACGCCAUAAAGGGGAUCUUCCGACAUUUUCGUGUUGCGUCGAGAGAUCCCCUUUAUAAACGUUUCAAUUCUAUCUUACACAGAACUGAAAAGAAAGGGAAAGGGAGAAGAGAGAAAUGAAGAUUCGUCGCCGUCCGUUCCGUUGUCGUUGCCAUCCCUCACCACCGUCUGUCAUCGUUCCGCUGUCUCCUGCCACCUUAGUUGGAUGUAUCCGAUUGAAAGAAGUCUACGCACGUUAAAGCAGUAUGUUAGAAACAAAGCACGUCCUGAGGGGUCAAUUACAGAAGCCUAUGUCAUGAAUGAAUCAAGCAUCUUUUGUUCGCGUUACCUACGUGGUAUAGAGACUCGAUUCACAAGAGAUGAGCGAAAUGAUGAUACCAUUGUAGAGGACGAGGUAAUUGGUGACUUUGAAAUUUUCAAGCUGAAAGUACAACCCUUAGGUGCAUCAAGUGUUCGUGUUAUAUCACAGGAAGAGAAACAACUCUUCCAUUGGUACAUACUGAACAAUGCAAACGAAAUAUCGGAGUUUCGCGAGUAAACAUUCCUCAUCUACGUAAUUUUUAAAUAUUUGUUAUACAUUGUUCUUACAGAAAUUAAACUCAUCCCUAUUAGGAAACAAUUGAGGCUCCAACGUCGACAUGCUCAAAAUUCUAUGGAUUUGUAUAAAAGACAUGAACGGGCAUCCUCUGAAUGGUUUCGAGCACAAGUAUAUAACAAGUUUAAGUGUGACAUGUAAGCACUAACGUAUUUAAGCACGUGGAAGUCUAUAAUAGUUGUCACAUUCAUUUCAGGUGUUAGAACUGCGUGAGUCUGCAAAUCUAUCUGACGAUUUCUUCUCACUAACGAGGGGACCAUCCUUUGACGUUCGCUGUUACAAUGGAUGCAUCAUGGGUGGUUUAAGAUUUCACACCUUUAAACUUGAUUCUUGACGUACUACUCAAAACGAUGAAGUAACAGGCAUUGGUGAAAGCGAUGCAAGUGAAACUGGCGACAAUAAUUUUUACAGUGUUCUAGACGAAGUGUUGCACGUACAAUAUCCGUUGGGAAGAAAUGUAUAACUAUUUAAGUGUCGGUGGUAUGACAUCGACAUAAAUAAAAUUCAAAGAACACACGUUGAAGUAGGGUACAAAUCUCUCAACACGUCCCAUUUUUGGUACGCGGAGGAACCUGUAAUUCUUGCGACUCAAGCACAUCAAGUUUUUUAUGUAGAUGACCCAAAAAAUGGUAGCAAUUGAAAAGUUGUGCAAGUCGUCCAAAAUAAGCGUAUAUGAGACGUGCCAGAAGUGGAGGAUGUUGAGAAUGACCAUAUUAAUGUACUAGAAAUUGUUGUAAGCCAUCAAGUGGAAGACCACAUCGAGAAUGACACUCUAUGCAGAACUGACGUUGAUCUCACAAUCGUUGAAAGACCGGUUGUGCAUCAUGUCACUGACGACUUCAUCGAUGAUGUGGAUGAACACUUGUCACAUGCAAGCGACGACAAAUUAUAGUGACAAACCACUCAUUAUGUCAUCGUCAUACCCACGUAAUAAUUUUAUGGAGAUGGACGCUAUGUUCCUCGAGUUUGAGGACGAUUUGGAUAAUAUUGUGGGAGGAUCGUCGUCUGUGGGCGACAAUGCGAGGUCUUCUUCUCAACAACUUGUGACUCCGAAUCCUAGGAGACGUGCGCAGUCUCGACUCUUGGAGUUGGAGCGCCACGUUGCAAUAAAUGGGUGCAUUCCGAUGACGAUCGCCCCUAGAGCGAAGAAGCCUAUUUUUCCACACACCGUUCGAUUCAGCCAGGAGAUAGGCGUAUGCGUGCGAAAGACAUUUUCCGUCCGUUGCCUUAAGUGGGCGGACGUUGGGAGAGAAUACAUUGAGGUCGUCAAGGGAAACCUCCAGCGAUUUUUUGUUCUUGAUUUAAAUGAUCAAGCAAUGAAUCGAUUUGUUGAGCAUCAGAUGCUCACGACCUUUAAAGAGUUUCGGGUCGACUGUCACAGACACUUCAAAAAGUACAGCGACCCGGAGGAGGCUCGUGCCAACUCACCAAACGCAUUGGUUGGACGUCAUGAGGAUUGAUACUUCUUCUGUGACCACUAUAUGAGUCGUGCAUUCCAGGAGCAAUCACGGAUGAACAAAGCUGCUAGACAUAAGCAGCCUUAUAAUCAUAGUAGUGGGUCCAAGUCGUUUCUACAACGAUAGUACGAGCUCGUUGAGAGAAAAGGGAAGUCGGUCAAUCGUCUGGAGUUGUUCUGGGAAACACACGUUCGAGCUGGGACGUUCGUGUCGCAGGCCACAGAGGAUGCGCAUAAUCAAAUACUGGAACUCCAAUCCCAGCCUACCCCAGAGGGUAGUCAGCCACUUUCUGAGGAUGAGAUAUGCGAUCAGGUGUUAGGUAGACGACCAGGCUACUCAAAAGACCUUGGUCGGGGACCUAAGCCGAAAGCCCACAGGACGACGAGUGCGAGCAGUUCCUCGACAUCUUGUCCGCAGUCCACACAAAAAGAGAUUGAAUUACAAGCUAAACUUAAUGAAGUUUUGGAAUGGAUUGAAGUGCAAGAUAGAAACCACCAAGCGUUAGCUUCACAAGUGAAACGAAUGCAAAAGCUAAUAGAAGACUUCACUCGUGCACAACAGAGACCACCACAUGUUCCCUAGCUCUGCAGUACUUGUAUAUGUCUCUUAAGUUUUUGCAAUGAUAGUAUACAGUGAACAUAUAGAUAUAUAUACUAAACUUAGUUACUUUUAUAUCAUUGUAGGACCGAAGGUGUAGAAUGACGCGUACGCGCCUCGUUGGGAGACUUUUUGUUAUGUUUGCGUUUUUUUGUAU